CGAGUCCCAGCCCGAACCGAGCUGGGCGGCUGCACCUCCCUAGCAGUCCCCACCCGGCGCCGGGCGCUGCCGCCACCGCCACCCCGCCGCCCCCGCCGGCCGCGCCGUGACGCGGGCAUGAGCCUGGCCCGCCGCCCGCCGAGCCAGCGCCCCCAGCAGGGGCCGCGGCGCCCAGGUGUGUUCUGAAAGGGGCCUUCCAUGCUGUGGACCCUCAGCCAGUAGCCAGCCAGCUGGCAUCUUGGAGGGGGCUUUUACGGAGCUGGUCCUCGCUGUGGGGACAAGGCAGCCCCAGGCGGUGGAGACAGAGCUGGGAAAACUUACUCUUCUCUGAGUGCCAGCACCCAGGUAUGGCAAGGAUGUUGGGGGUCAGUGCCAGGGAGGGUACCCCACGCUAGACCUUAUAGGAGGAAAGCAGACCACUUGGGUGUGGAAGGGUCUUGGCCCCCAGGGAGCUGGGAGAGGGCGAGUGGAUGGGCAGGGGUGCUGAAGAGGCUCUUGGGGUACAAGGGGCAUAGGGAGCACUACCGUCUCUGUCCCUCUGCCUGUUUUCGUGUGCUCACUGGGGUAGUCACAUCUAUUCCUUGUUAGGGACUCGACAGGCCUCCAGAAGAUUAAUUAAUGCCAAGCUGCUGGCAGCUCCAGCAGGAUGCUUGCCCCAGGGCCCUGUCCUGGCAGCACAGAUGCCCAGCUGACCCCAGAAAUGCUGCUCCGUUCCCACCCAGCGAUCCUGGAGACGGGGAGCCAUGUUGCUGGCACAGCCCUGCCUCUGAGCCUGGAUGGCAGAGAAGGCUUAGGUGGUGGCAGGCAGCCAGAGCCAUGUGGCAGGGCAUUCCAUCCCCAGGCCUGCCUCCAUCACCCACUCCGGAACUUAUUUGUCCCUGGCUGAACCCUGGGCUUGCUGUGUGACCUUGGCCAUGCUGCUUAUCCUCUCUGGGCAGCUUUCUUUUCCCCAACUGUAAAAUGAUCUAGAAUGGAUGUUGGACUGGGUCAUCACUGAGACACCUCCCCCCUAAGUCUGAGUCUUCGUUAUCUGGUAAUCUGCCUGAUUCUGAGAGCCCCUGACGGCAUCCCUUUUCCCGAUGCAUAUUGACUGCCCCUUGGUGCCCCUCAAUGUGGUCCAGCUUUGUCCUCUGCCCCAAGCCCAGGUGAUUGCUAGUUCUCCAUGUAAUUAACUCCUGCCUGUGCUUAGGACGUGGGGCACCGCAAGUCCUGGCCAGACCCAGUGCCCUCACAGACCAGCCCGACCUUCCCAGCGCCAGGGCGAGGUGACUGCUUCCACAGUGGCCACCUCCAGCCUGCCCAGCACAUUCCUCAGGCUUAUCUGAGAGCCCGCCCCACUGGACUCUGCCCUCCCACCCAGGAAGCAGCACCCAGACGAGCUGCUGAAGAGUUCCAGGGGCAGAGAGCAGGGCCUGAGCGGGCUUGAGGUGACGAGUCUCAGCCUCUUGCCUGGAGCUGAGGAGAACCAGCAGGCUCCGGGCGAAGGAGCUGCUAGAACAAUGCUGAGGCGGCCAAGGUGAGGAGCAGCCCACGCGGCAGCCCCGACGGAGUAUCUCGAACAGGUGAUCGGAGGAGCCAGGAAACCGAGGCCACCUGGGCAUCCCUCCCCUCGCCUGGGCCGGCCAGAGCCUCAGAGACGGUGGAGAAACCAUGGCGACCAAUUUCAACGACAUCGUCAAGCAGGGCUACGUGAAGAUGAAGAGCAGGAAGCUCGGGAUCUACCGGAGGUGCUGGCUGGUGUUCCGGAAAUCCUCCAGCAAGGGGCCCCAGCGGCUGGAGAAGUAUCCAGAUGAGAAGUCAGUGUGCCUCCGAGGCUGCCCCAAGGUGACGGAGAUCAGCAAUGUCAAGUGUGUCACACGGCUCCCCAAGGAGACCAAGAGACAGGCAGUGGCCAUCAUAUUCACCGACGACUCAGCACGUACCUUCACCUGCGACUCAGAGCUGGAGGCAGAGGAGUGGUACAAGACUCUCUCUGUGGAGUGCCUGGGGUCGAGGCUCAACGACAUCAGUCUGGGAGAGCCGGACCUCCUGGCCCCAGGAGUGCAGUGCGAGCAGACAGAUCGCUUCAACGUCUUCCUGCUGCCCUGCCCCAACCUGGAUGUGUAUGGCGAGUGCAAGCUGCAGAUCACCCACGAGAACAUCUACCUCUGGGACAUACACAACCCCCGCGUGAAGCUCGUCUCGUGGCCCCUCUGCUCACUGCGCCGCUAUGGCCGGGAUGCCACACGCUUUACCUUCGAGGCUGGCCGGAUGUGUGACGCUGGGGAAGGGCUCUACACCUUCCAGACACAGGAGGGGGAACAGAUUUACCAGCGGGUCCACAGUGCCACCCUGGCCAUCGCCGAGCAGCACAAGAGGGUCCUGCUGGAAAUGGAGAAGAACGUGAGGCUGCUGAACAAGGGCACGGAACAUUACUCAUACCCCUGCACGCCCACUACCAUGCUGCCCCGCAGUGCCUACUGGCACCACAUCACAGGUUCCCAGAACAUCACUGAGGCCUCCAGCUAUGCCGGUGAGUCACUGCUGGGCCCCACCCCUACCGGCCAGGAGGCUCUGUGGAGGACAAGGCAUGUUGGGCAGGGGCCUUCUGUCCCGGGCCCAAGGCCUCAGCCUGCCUCUGUGUCCACAGGUGAGGGGUAUGGGACGGCCCAGGCCAGCUCAGAAACGGACCUCCUCAACAGAUUCAUCCUGCUAAAGCCAAAGCCCAGCCAGGGGGACAGCAGUGAGGCCAAGGCCCCUUCCCAAUGACGGCAGAGCUGGCACGCACAGAUGACCACUGGGGCUGCCUGCAGCGUAUCGUGGAUGGCAUGGAGGGGCUGUGGGCCAGGAGCCUGGGGAAAGGGAGCAAGCGGUCCCUUCUUUGCCCCCGAGGGUGAGACUGGACCAAGGCAAAGGGCUGGCCAUGCCACCUGAGCAUGUGUGAGGGGCUGGAGCUACCAUGGGACUAUAUACUGUUAAUGAUUUUAAUAUAUAUGGCUUAUGACGUAUUCUAUAUUAAUAAGAUUCCCCCUCUGACCCUCCCUGCCACCACAUACACAUUUUUUAAUCCCAUGACCAGGCCACAGUCAAGGCUGUUUUUGAAUGUGAGGGCAGCGGUUUCCCUGUCCCCCAUGGUACCAGCCCUCCUGCUGCCAGGACCUGAGCUGCCAGGGCCAGAGGAGGGAGACACUCCACACUCCGGGCUGCUGCGCUGGCUGCUGGCUUUUCCCAAGCAGCCCAGGGGCGGAGACAGCAGGUGGCUUCUCAGUCCCUCUGGGCCUAGAGUGGCACAGGAAGGAUCCGAACUUACACUGUGCCACUUGGUAGCCUUGCACUUGGAGUUUUCAGCAGAGGUGACAUCUGGUGACACCUCAGGUGAAAAUCUGGUUUGAAAAUGGUUUCUGCCCAGACUCCUUCCUGCUUAGCAGGCUGAGGAGACGCCCUGGGGGUGGGGGGUGCUGGUUACAUCAGCCCGGGGAGGACAGCCAGUCCCGGGCGCUUUCCUGCCCCUGGGCCAGGCCGGCCGCGCAGGAGGAUUGCGGGGAGUGGGGAGCGCCCUGCUGCCUGCUCUCAGUGACCGGCGUGGGCAGUGCUCCCACAGAGGGAGCCCCUCUGCCUGUCUGGCCUCCCUCCGGCAGCCAAAGUACUCAGAAGCCGAGACCUCCCCACUUCCUCCUCCACAUGGUGCUGAGGCUCCCUGCUGAAAUGCAAUUAAAGCAACUGAUUUUCUAGUGCUGGUAUUUACUGACGACCGUGCAGAAGGGCUAUCUUUUUACUCACAUCAAACCUUUGGUUGCGUGUGUGUUGGGUCGUUUUGUUUUUAAUAUUUUAGGGUUCUGAUUUGAGGGAACAGACCUUCUUGUAAAUAACCAUUAUUCAAGUCGUGGCAGGAGGAUGAUAAAGCAAGAGGCCCCCUCCGACAGAGCACCGGAGCCCGGGAGGUGGCCACAGCCCGCUCAGCUCUGACCCUGACCCAGGGAAUGACCACCUAGAGGAAUAAGCUAGCCUGAAGAAGGGAGCCCAAAGGCCACGGAGGGGAGGCAGAGCUGGCUGGCUUGGUUAGUGGCACGAUGACGCAUGAAGGCGAUUACGUACGUUUUGCUCUUUAUUGCCAAAAAUAAAAACUUUAAAAGACAA